UUGUCCUAGAGCUGACCAUGGCUACUUGAAUCAAACACCAUAACUAAGAGAAAAACAAAACAUCAAGAACCAUAACAAGUACCUCAAACAACAGUUUCUUUGGUGCCAUAGAACAUUGAGUUUUUAAUCAUCAGAUGAAAAUGACACGGAUCUUCCUUACGACCCUUUCAUUGUGGCUCUUGGUCCUCGCUCCUUCCAAGGCCGAGGAGGGAUUUCCCGACAAACUUCCAUCAACAUUUCAUUCUCUAUUUCCGUUUCUCGGUCGUCAAGAUGACCUGAACAAGCCACAAAAGGGUCCUAAUGACGAGUCUCAACAACAGAACGUGCCUCAACAAGCGGCUGACCAAAAUCCUCAGAUACUCAGCCAAGAUUUCUACAUAAAGACUUGCCCUAAUGCACAAAAAAUCGUGGCCGAUGCACUUGCCAAGAUUGUUAAGACCAAUCCGGGCGCACUCGGAAACUUACUCCGCCUUCAAUUCCAUGACUGCUUCGUUAAUGGAUGCGAUGCAUCCAUCUUGCUAGAUUACUCGCCAAGUGGCGACGCUGUGGAGAAAAGUUCAAUGGUCAAUGGUCUACUCCUCAAAGGAGCUGAUAUGAUCGAUGAAAUAAAGUUGAAGCUGGAGGAGCAGUGUCCUCAAACCGUGUCAUGCGCUGACACAUUGGCAUUUACAGCCAACGAGGUAAUGACCAUGGCGGGUUUGGCCCCUCAGAAACCCCUCGGUGGCCGUAGAGACGCGCUCGUUUCCCUUGCAACCGCUGCAGAAACCGACAACAUCCCUAUGCCAAACUGGACCAUGGAACAAAUGGUAAAACUCUUCAACAAGAAGGGUUUCAACAUCGAAGAAAUGGUGAUCCUACUCGGUGCACACUCGAUCGGCAUGGCUCAUUGCGACUUGUUCAUUGAAAGGGCAUACAACUUCCAAAACACAGGGAAACCAGACCCUUCCCUUACUGUGGAAGUGCUUGAGGAAUUAAGAAAGGCAUGCCCUAAUCUUAAUACACCUAAGUACCGGAACCCCCCAGUGAACUUUGAUGCAACACCAACUGUGCUUGAUAACCUCUUCUACAAGGAUAUGGUGGAGAGAAAGAGAACUUUGCUCAUUACGGAUUCGCAUAUAUUGGAAGAUCCUAGGACUUUGCCAAUUGUGCAACAGUUUGCACAUGACGCUAGCUUGUUCCCCAGGAGAUUUCCUGAGGUCAUGCUUAAGAUGAGUUCUUUGAAUGUGCUCACAGGGAAUGAAGGUGAGGUGAGGAAGAUUUGUAGGUCCACCAAUUAAGCAUGGCAUGUAUGGAGAUCAUGUUUAACUAAAUUUGUUAUUCUUUAUUUUUUUUAUGGGGGCAUUUUCUUGAUAGUGAUUAUGAUCGGUGCCUCCUUACUUGGUUUCAUUUCAUGUGGAAUUUCUGUCAUUUAUGUAUUAACAGCCAACGGCAUUUUAUUAGUUAUGAAUGUGAAGCACUAUAGAAGAAAUAUUCAAAAGCUGAUUUUCAUCAA